AUGGAUGGUGGUGAUAUUGCGGGCCAUCCACGGAUUCCUUUGACAAUAAAUCCGCGCCCUGGAAUAUUUAAAAUACGGAAACAUCAGGGAAGCCAUUGUGCCAUUAACAAGCCUGCCGCCCUACGACCGAUUUCACUUAACACUGCAACAUGUGAUUCAGAACCCCCCAGUUCCAUAGGGGACAAACUCGUUCAGCCCCUGCAAAAAUUAGUUCAACGUUUCAGCAUGCAGCCGUGUCCGCGGACAAACCAGGAAAAUGAUCCGAAACGACGAGUUUCAAUGCUCAGCAGUUGGCGCCGUCGAAGAUCUUUGACCGUUGAUAGAGACCGCUCACCACUUGAACGAAAAAGUGAACCUACACUUACGGAAUUAAUGUGUCCACCAGUGCCUGUUAUGGGUGAGAAAAAGCGGUUCAAAGUAUCUUUCUGUGAACUCAGGAGAAAGUCAGUCAAUCUCAAACCGCUUUCAGAACGACUCCCAAGUACGAUGGAUGAAUUGUACCAAACUCCAAUGGAGCAAGAGUCCGCCUCAGGAUUAAGCAGAACAAACACUGGGGCACAAAAGUCGCCAGACUGCGUCUCUACUGAAGGUGAUCAAUAUGACAAAAACGACUCAUUCGAUCAGAAUCCUUAUGUGCUACCUCCCACGGGAAUAAAUGGAGCGGUCUACGAUGGCUACUCAAAAUCUGUCCUGCUCCAAACCUACUCGGAAGGUGAUCGGACUGCUACUGAUGAUGGCUGUGAUUACAUAUCCAGCCCGGCAGUGUCCUCACAUAAUGGAAUUCAGUCCCAGGACAUUCAUCCCGUUUCCUCUUCGCCAACUAAUGCACCUCCUAGACUGGUCGAAUCUGAUAGUUCAAUUUUUCGAGACUUUUUCCGAAGGAGCGAGUUCGAAGGGUCCAUCAGAUCAGUGGGCCGAGAUUCUGGAUGGUCAUCCGAGUUGAGCUUUUUGGAUCCAUCGACUGGAGAUCAGGCGACAUCAACCAACAGUGACACGGAAGAGAGCAGCUUUGCACCCGCGAAUGUGGAUCGACUGAACUCCGAGUUUCGCGCUAACGAAUGGGCCGUGCGACUACGAAAAUCACUAAAUCGGGCAAAAAGAAGAUGCCACUUGUAUGUUGGACAGACAUUAUUUAACAAGACUCCUCAUGAAGGUGUGAGAUAUCUGACUGAAAACGGGUUGGUGGCUUCCGUUCCAAUCGCAGUGGCACGCUGGAUUUUCAACCACGAGGGUCUCAGUCGUCAGGCCAUUGGGGAGUAUUUUGGUUCCAUUGCAGAUCCAUUUUCAACCCAAGUACUCAGAGAGUAUCUGCGGUUGGUCCCCAUGCAGGAGCUGCAAGUUGACGAGGCGGUCAGAGCCGUGCUUUCCCACUUUCAUCCCGCGGGAGAAUCGCAGAAAAUCAGUUACCUGAUGAAAAUCUUCCAAGAAGUUUACUGCGCGAAAAAUCGAAACUUGGUUGCACGAAUGUUUUGUAACGAGGAAACGGUAGAAGUCUUGGCCUAUUCAACUCUAAUGCUUCACACCGAUCUUCACAAUCCAAAUGUGCGUCGCUUCGGACAACGAAUGACACAACAGGAGUUUAUAAAUAAUAAUCGUGGCAUCGACAAUGGUCAAGACCUUCCACUGGAGUUGCUCUGUGGUAUUUAUCACCGUGUGGCCAAAAAUGAAUUUAAGACGCUGCCGGACCCCAUGGAUCGAAUGCGACGCCUAGAUUCAAUGUUGGUGGGGACGCUGAAAACCGAUAAUUUCAUUCAACGCCAUCGAAGAUUUGUUGGCUGGGUAGUCGGACGACAACUGGACCGAAUUGUUGUCCGGCCGUCACGUCACCACAAGCGAUGGCGCUACAUUCUCCUGUUUAACGACAUCUUAAUUGUGUCCAAACUUGUUUCUGGAGCACAUUCCGGAAGUUCCGGAUCUAUUUGGCACAACGCUGCCUCGGUUGCCCUGGGACAGGAUGCUGCCUCCGCAUCGACCUUAUCCAAGCUGAAAUCAAGCCAGUAUUUUUCGCAGGAACCAAUGACACUUGAUCACCGGCAUGGUGCAUGCUUAUGUAACGAUGAAGGUCCCAAACUCAAUUUCACGUUUCCCUCUGCGAACGUACGACAAAAAUUUAUUGACUGGGUCCAUGUCUCUGUAUCCGAAUUGCACGAGCUACAGACUUACUACACCAAACGUGAAAAGAUGGCAACUUUGACAAAGUCUUCCCUAUCUGAGACCAGCUCCAUCAGUGCGGUAUCAUCGAAAGUUUAACGUACUCAAAAUCCCUACUCAAACGACUCCGGUUAUCUUGAUUACCUAAUCUCUUUCUUCAAAGAAAAGAAGAUUGAACCUAUCUUUUGCAUCCUACAUAUGCACUCCAGAGUCAGAUUCCAUAUAUGCCUUCCGCGACUGUGAUACACGCCAGAUCAUUCCCAAGUUUUGCACCCUUAUAUUUUCCCGAUCGAUUCACUCCACCAGUUCAACUAUUACUCAAACCCAUUAUUUUCGUUUGUAGAUAUUUUCCCCGAUCAGAUCCCCCUUUCAAUUUUUUUGUAUACAGGUCCAACCUGUAAAG